AUGUCUCGUCAUCAUCCCGAUCUUGUCAUGUGUCGCAAGCAGGCUGGCAUCGCCAUCGGCCGUCUCUGCGACAAGUGCGACGGAAAAUGCCCAGUCUGCGACUCCUACGUUCGACCUACGACUCUUGUGCGCAUUUGCGACGAGUGCAGCUUCGGAAACUAUCAGAACAAAUGUGUUGUAUGCGGCGGUGAGGGUAUCUCGGACGCCUUUUACUGUUUCGAAUGCACGCGUCUCGAGAAGGAUCGCGACGGGUGUCCCAAGAUUAUAAACCUGGGAAGUUCAAGAACAGAUGUGAGCAACUCUAAUUCUUUUCUUUCUACUGACAACAUGCUGACUUUGGCUCCCUCCAGUUAUUCUACCAAAAGAAAACGAAUCGGACAACGCAAUACUAGCAGAGCUGAGGCCUGGGCUGGGCCGUGGAUUGAGGUGUUUCGUGUUUGGAAGUGCAUCUUCAAAUCUGGCAUCAUGGGUGUUUUGGGCGCAAAUUAG